AAAAUGAAAAGUCAGAUUCAACACACUCCAAAGGAAGCUUGAGACGUUUUCAGCUCUCUACUCUCAAACAGAAUGGAGCCGAUUUCCAAACUUCUAGCUGGACUUAUUCUGCUGACUCUCUGUGUGGUGGGCUGCUCCAGCCAGCAUUGGUCCUACGGAUUGCGCCCUGGAGGAAAGAGAAAUGCUGAAAAUGUGAUCGAUUCUUUCCAAGAGAUAGCCAAAGAGGUCGAUCGACUAGCAGAACCUCAGCGCUUUGAAUGUACCAUUCACCAGCCCCACUCUCCCCUCAGGGACCUGAAAGGAGCUCUGGAAAGUCUGAUUGAAGAGGAAACUGGGCAGAAGAUUUAAAUCCGCUGGGCCAGAAAAUUUGACAAGUACAAUUCUGACUGAAACGUGUGACUCACUUAAUGUCUGUUAAUUGUGUGAACUUCAGACAUUCUUAACACCAGGUUGCACGUUUCAUAAUCAAGUGCUGUGCUGUGAAUAAA